AAAACAUCUGUGUGUCAUUCAGGACUCUGUAGCUGUAGACGUGUCGACACCUGCGUCACUUCCGUCAAACCAGAAUCGGUUCCGUACAAUAACAAUAAUAAUAGUAAGACAUCAGAAACCGUGUUUUGUACGUGAUGGACUCACGUGUGGACACGAACACACUUUGUCUGUUUGAUGUAGACGGAACUUUAACUGCAGCUCGGCAGAGAGCCUCUCCACACAUGCUGGAGUUCCUGAGUAAACUGAGGCAGCGGGUUCGAGUCGGAGUUGUUGGAGGUUCAGAUCUGAAUAAGAUCAAAGAGCAGCUGGGAGACGAUGUAAUCGAGAACGUGGACUAUGUUUUUGCUGAGAACGGUUUGGUGGCUUACAGAUUCGGGCAGCUCCAUUCUGUACAGAGUAUUCAGGCGUACCUUGGAGAGGAGAUUUUACAGGAUUUCAUCAACUUCUGUUUAGAUUACAUGGCCAAGAUCAAACUGCCCAAGAAACGAGGAACGUUUAUUGAGUUCAGGAACGGGAUGUUGAACAUCUCUCCUAUCGGCCGGAGCUGCAGUCAGCAGGAGAGAAUCGAGUUCUUUGAGCUGGACAAGAAAGAAAAGAUCAGAGAGACAUUUGUGUCCGUUCUGAAAGAAAAGUUUGGAGGAAAAGGACUGGCUUUCUCCAUCGGAGGACAGAUCAGCUUCGAUGUGUUUCCACAAGGUUGGGACAAGCGUUAUUGUUUGGGGAUCGUAGAGAAGGACAUGUACCAGACCAUCCAUUUCUUCGGUGAUAAAACCAAACCGGGAGGAAACGAUUACGAGAUCUACACAGACCCCCGAACUGUCGGCCACGAGGUCACGUCACCUGACGACACACAGCGAGUCUGUAAGGAGCUCUUCUUCAGCUGAGUUCUCCUCCAGUUAAACAUCACCUUACUGAAGGUGUAGGAUCUCUGGUGCUGGUGUUUACCUCCAAUUAUUUUUUUAAUCAACUUUAAAUCUGGUGUCUCUUUGUUCCAAGCCUUACACGAUUACACACAGGAGCUGAGUCCGUGUUCAGUGUGGAACUGUGUGGCUCAGCGUUUAGAGAACUUCCUUUGUUACUGUAACAAUCCAUAACAUCGCUGUCUGACUGCAGGGCUAAUGUUAAUCCAUCAAACUCGUUAGGUCUUUUGGUCAGAUUUGUAAACAGAUUUCUCACACACACACACACACGUGAUAGAAAUAAAUGAAGUAUUAAAACUGUCCUCUCACAUGACAUACAGGACACAACACAGUCAGGUUUGCAUUUUUUUCUUAAUUACAAUAAGAUCACAUUAAAUGAAAUAAUGAACGACUUCUUUAUCUAAUAAUCAGAAUGUCUCCAUUUCUGCUGAUGGUGUGUGUGUGUGUGUGUGUGUGUGUGUGUGGGUCUAAAAUGUUUUAUUAGAUUUGGGAUUCUAAUGAAGCUUUUAUUCAGGUAGUUUGUAGGAUUCUGGGGUUUUGGGUUUCUGUGUCUGUUAAUCGACCUCAUUUCCUUUACAUCACGUCACAUGGAUGAGAAUCCGAGUCGUUCUGUGUGUCUGUUAACUUUAAACAAAUUAAUAAAAUGUGUGAUUUGUACUGAA